UUGACGUUGACAGGGAAAUCUCUUUUGGAGCCGUGUAUCAUUCCCAAUUCUGAACUCAGAAGCCAUAUAAUUGGUUUGUAAUCUAAAUAAAUUAGGAAAGAAGUCACUUUGCAGUUGCAUUUUCCAGUUUGCGAGGAUGGGAUCAAAAGAUCUGAAACUCCUGGAUGUUUUUUCAUACGAGAGUCUCGUGCAUGCAGUCGCCGGUGCGAUGGGCAGUGUUACAGCAAUGACUGUUUUCUUUCCUCUUGACACAGCUCGGCUUCGGCUGCAAGUUGAUGAAAAGCGGAAAGCCAAAUCUACUCCAGCCAUUCUGUCAGAGAUCAUCAAGGAAGAGGGUCUGUUAGCUCCAUAUAGAGGCUGGUUUCCUGUAAUCUGCAGCCUCUGUUGCUCAAACUUCGUCUACUUUUAUUGUUUCCAUAGUCUGAAGGCCACCUGGCUGCAAGGUCAGAGGUCAACGCCAGGGCGAGACCUCAUCAUAGGCGUUGCUGCAGGUGUAGUGAAUGUUCUUGUGACCACUCCACUCUGGGUAGUCAAUACCAGACUGAAACUGCAGGGUGCGAAAUUCAGAAAUGAGGACAUUCAGCCCACACACUACAGAGGAAUUAUGGAUGCGUUUGUACAGAUCAUGCAGCAGGAAGGAGUGGGAGCAUUAUGGAACGGGACGUUUCCCUCCCUGCUGCUGGUGCUCAAUCCAGCUGUGCAGUUCAUGCUCUACGAGGGUCUGAAAAGGCAUCUCCUGAGGGGCGUGAACAGACAGCUGUCCUCGGUGGAGGUGUUUCUUAUUGGAGCCAUUGCUAAAGCCAUAGCAACCACCAUAACCUACCCACUACAGACAGUUCAGUCUGUUCUACGGUUCGGACAGCAUGGCAGGCCUGCAGAUCGGUCCAAACUCCUGAAUAGCCUGAGAUCUGUCAUGUAUCUGCUCAUCAAUAGAGUCAGGAAGUGGGGCAUGCUGGGAUUGUUCAAAGGCCUGGAGGCGAAGCUGCUUCAGACGGUCCUCACUGCCGCACUGAUGUUCUUGCUGUACGAGAAGAUUGCCAACACCACCUUCAGGGUCAUGGGGGUCAAACGCACAGUGACGUCCCACUGAUGUCUUAGGAACUUCACACGCUGACAUGAGUCCUUGUGUGUUGAGCAGUGGUCAAAUGAUGUGUGUUUUAUAAAUGGAUGAAAUAUACAGUACUAUAUUAAUGCAACGUUGCCUUAAAGCCCUGGUCUCUAUUUGAUAUAGUAUUUUGAACUAACCUUGUUUACGAAUACCAGUCCAGAUACAAAGUGUCAAAUGAAUGUAAUGCUGAUGACGGAUCUGUUUUGUGAGAGAGAUCAUUGCUGUCAACAAUGGACCCUGAUCUCAGAUCAACCCUCCUGCAUUGAUGUAUCAUAUAUACAAUAUAUACUUGAUAUACAACCAGGGCUGCGUUUCGUAUCGUAAGCCUAAAUUAAUCAUAGAACAAUUACCACCAAUGAUCUCUAUGAUCAAUAUAGGCUCACGAUACUCAUGAGAAACG